UGUGGCCGUGACAGAAGGAAAAAAAAACAGGUAGAUAGUGAACGUACGAACCACACGAAAGGAAAUGCAUUAACACAUCGCAUGAGUCGGAAGCCCAACCAUUCAAUAUGGGGGUCCUCACCGCAAAAGUUGUGUCCAUGUGUGUCUUGGGAGGCGUGUCACUUAUCGUGGGCAUCCUUCCCAUCAAGCUUUCGCAAUAUUUUGAUUGGAAAUCAGAACGGAGCAAGAAAAGUAAUUUCUUACUCUCCGCAUUGUCUUGCUUUGGAGCCGGAGUCAUCUUGACCACAUGUUUAACUCACAUGUUACCCGAAGUCAACGAGUUCCUCGAGUUCAAUAUCCAACAACAAACCAUCCCCGACACCGGGUUACCUUUGGCCGAGAUCUUUGUCCUCUGUGGAUUUUUCAUGAUCUACAUAGUGGAGGAACUGGUCCACAUGGUCAUUCAACGGUGGCACACGGAAGGAUUUGAGUCUGGCCGUAGCAAUACCGAGCUUACGGAGAAUGCAGUUCAAGAAUUGGAGGCGGAGGCCUCCCAUGGGGAUUUGGGUCAUCAAACAGUUGGGAUUGAUAUCAUGACCGCUAAUGAGGGGUCAUUUCAGUCAUCCUUGCGUGGGUUCUUGGUGAUCUUGGCCUUGUCACUUCAUGCAGUUUUCGAGGGCAUCGCCGUUGGAUUAACCAACAAAGAAGCCAACGUUUGGUACCUACUGUUCGCCAUUGCCGCUCAUAAGUAUGUGAUCGCAUUCUGUCUCGGCAUCCAAUUCGUUACCACGGGAAUCCGGCCCUUCCUGAUUAUCAUUUACAUUGGCGUGUUUUCCCUCAUUUCCCCUUUUGGCAUUCUGAUUGGCACCUUGCUCACUGGAACGGUCUCCGUAGAUGAAGAACUCCAAAACCCAACUGUCACCAUUUUACAAGGAUUGGCCACGGGAACCUUGCUUUACGUGGUCUUCUUUGAAGUCUUGGAGAACGAGCGAAGGCAGAAGAAGAUGAAAGGAAUCUAUCAAGCCUUAUUCGUGAUAUUGGGAUUCCUGGUGAUGAUUGUGGUCCAAUUAGUAGAAGUCAACGGAAAAGAUCCUGAGGAUUUGCCCUCAAAAGUGGCACAUCAUAGUUGCGUCCUUGACCCUAAAAUGAUCGCCAAUUUCUCUA